AUGAAGAUGAAAGAAUACUACGAUCGCACCUACCUACCUAAGCACUUCGUAGUGGGUGAUAAAGUGCUACUUCGACUGUGCAAGGGAUACAAUAUUCCUAUCAACGAUGCCUAUAACGAUGCCUAUACCAAGAAACUAGGCCAACAGUACGCAGGAUGUUUCACAGUGCUAGAACGCAUCGGGCGUCUAAUAUACCGAAUCGACAUCCUAGCUGCCUGGAAGAUACACCCAGUAAUCAGCAUUGAACACCUAGAGCCAGAACCGAGCCUAGACCCAUUUGACAGAGAAGCACCUAUACUAGAGACUACUACGGACGAAGGCUUCCUAAGCGAUAUGGAUCGCUGCGAGGUCGAACGCGUGCUCGACUCGAGAACACGCCACCCUGGGCGAUACAGGACACUGCGCACCAAUUAUCUGAUACAAUAG